UCCCGUAAAUAUGGCACUACUAAAAAUUGUGUACCUUUUUCCACUACAUUUUCAGUGAUCCACAUGUGUUUUGUUUUUGUUAAAAAAAUAUUAAAAAGUUCUAAAACCUACAUCAAAUUUAAUUAAAUUUUAUCCUAAAAAAGUUGUCGAAUAUAAAAUGGGUAAAGGCAAAAAGGCUUUCAUCGAUCGAAAAAAUGCAGUGACAUUUCAUUUGGUACACAGAAGUCAGCACGAUCCAUUAGUUACGGACUCUGAAGCUCCACAACGUGUGUUGGUGGAGGCAGGUGCUCGUCAGCCUCAUAAACAAACUAGUGAACUUGAUCCGGUCAAGCGAAAGGAGGAGCAACAGAAGUAUGGAAUUCAAUUCGACGAUGAUUACGACUAUUUACAGCAUUUAAAAAAACCUGAACAAGAGGUUGUUUGGGAAUACGUUGAAAAUCCAAAUCAAGCUAAAAAACGUGUCGAUGAAGGCAGAGUGACCACUGCUCCAAAAUUGAACUUGCCUAGCUCUGUUUUUGCUACCGAGUUUGAGGAAGAUGAAGGUAUGCUGAACAAGGCUGUGCCUCAGCUAGGUCCUCGUCCAGAUUGGGAUCCAGAUGUAGUAGCCGCUUUAGAUGAUGAUUUCGAUUUCGAAAAUGAAGAUAACGUUUUAGAAGAUGAUUUCGUAAUUCAGGCCAUGGGUGAUGGAGAAGAUGACGAAGAGGAUUCUUAUGGAUCUGAUGUUGAUGACGAAAGUCAAGACUUUGAUUCUGAUGAUUUAAUGGAUGAUGAUGACGAUUUUGAUGAGGAUGACAAUGAGUUAAUGGAUCGCUUGGGUCCUCUAAUGAGAGAACGUCGUUUUGCUAAUGAAGAAACAAAGUCACAGUUUACGGAAUACUCUAUGUCUUCCAGUGUUAUACGACGUAAUGAACAGCUUACACUUUUGGAUGAUCGAUUUGAACGCUUCUACGCCACUUAUGAUGACCCGGAACUGGGUGAUCUUGCUACAGAAGAAAUUGAAGGGUCUUGGGGUCAGAAGCAUCCCUAUGUAUUAAAUUGCUUGAAACAAUUUAAAAAAUCAGAUCAGAUUAUUGAAUACAAUAAAGAAUGGGAUCAGAAACGUUUGGAAAAGUAUAGAAACGUUGUUGAUGGUGAUAAUGACCCCAACGAGGAAUUAGUAGAAGUUGAAGUAGAAGAUCCUAAAGAAAAGAAAUGGGAUUGUGAAUCAAUUCUUUCAACAUGUUCCAACAUUUACAAUCAUCCCAAAUUGAUUGACGAACCAAAACGUAGAAGUCGAAAUACCUCUUGUUCGUCAUCUAUUCCACAAGGAGUGCAAAAAAUUGAUAUAGAUCCUAAAACAGGCAUGCCCUUACAUGUCUUACAUGGUGACACUAACCAGCUAACCGCAAAAGCUUUGGCCAAACUCGACAACAGCGCAGACCAGAACGGCAAUUCGGGACCCAAAUCGCUCUGUGCUAAAUCAGUUCUAUCUACUUUAAGUGUUCUGUCUAUAAGGCCAAAAGAUGAAACUCCCGAGGAAAAGAAGGAGCGCAAGAGGCUACUUAAAGAAUACCGCAGUGAAAGGCGUAUUGAGAAAAAGGCCAAUGCUGAGGCAUUUAAAGAAGAAAAGAAGCGCCAGACUCAUGUAAAAUUGAACCAACGUUUAAAUCAACAAGGAAAUACAAUUUUGUAGUUCCAUACAAUCAAUUAGAAUUUAAGAGCGAUUAUUUGUAAAUUUUUGGUACAUACAAACUACUAUGUACUUGUUGUAAUGUAAAAACAAAGUAAAACUAAUGAAUUUUA